AUGGACAUUCCUUUUGAAUACAAAAGUUUUAAAUACGAUGCACUUUCAUCACCAACCUCCAUCCGCCUCCUCCGGCCAAUAAAGCGAUUUCAAGAUGCUGAACAACGUUCUAUCAACGGCGUCCCCUUGAUGGAAUUUCUGCUUGAGACAUCAGAGCAUGACCGACGCCCUCCGUACCAGGCACUAUCUUACACUUGGGGCAACCCGAAAGAGGCUGAAUUUGGAUUACCCCAAACCGAGUCGUCAGAUCGAUAUUCCAUCCGGCACAUGUAUACCAUAGUUGUCAACGGCCGCUUAUUUUAUGUUCGAAAGAAUCUCUAUGAAGCCCUGUAUAGAAUCCAGGAGCGCAUGGUAGAGCCGAACAGUAUUGAUGACCGAUGUUAUGCUUUCAACAAGACGAAGCUUAUACAAGCUGCCGAGGACGGCAACUUACACCAGGUCACGGAAAGCCUCGAUUCAGGUGCCAACCACCACUGUCAGGAUAACUUCGGCGAGACCGCUUUGCAUUAUGCAGCAGAGAAUGGAUAUGCAGAAAUCGUCAAGCUUCUUCUUCUCAGAGGUGCAAGCCAAAAUAUUCGAGAUUCAACCGGGCGUGAUCCAUUGGGCUGUUGUUUGCAACGGAAGCGGCGUCAAUGGCAGGAAACCGCCCAGAUACUGCGAUCUUGGGAUGAGCAGGACAUAGACAGGCCAAACCCAACAAAACCUACGACUCUCACAGGACAACCUCUUUGGAUCGAUGCAAUUUGUAUCAGUCAAGACGACAUUCCAGAGCGUAACAGCCAAGUUGCAAUGAUGUCGCAAAUCUACGGAUCUGCACAAAGUGUCUUGGCAUGGCUAGGAGAGGUGGACGAUACCACCCAAUUGGCUUGCAAUGUAUUAUCGUCUGAGAUGCCUGGCCCCGAAGAGUACAUGUACUCUUUCAGACGCUUGAAUGCCUAUCGCAGAGGAGAGAAACUCGACUUGGAUGAGAAACCUGAUGGUGUUAUACUAUCUGUCAGGGAGUUCCUAGCCAUCAGAAGUCUAUUCACCCGUUUGUGGUUUUCUCGGACAUGGGUGAUUCAAGAAGUGUCUCUUGCCAAACAGAUCGAUAUGAUGUGCGGACCGUUUCAUUUCAGCUGGAUGAAACUGUUUGACCUCAUUUUUGGCCGGUUCGGCGAUAACAGAACUGGCAUGAUCCUGAGCUGCGGUGGACCAGCUAUUAAAUUUGGCAGAGCGGUACCAGGCACAGAAAUCCUUUCCCUUUUUGAUAUCAGGAUUCGAACUAGACCCGAGUGCAAAGAGGCAAAAGCAAGAGGACGAUGGGUAUUUGAGAAGCUCCCCAAACAAAAGCUAAGUCUCUCUGCAAUGAUUAUCCUCUCCUGGAAUUUCGGUGUUUCCGACCCGCGGGAUAGGAUAUUCGCAUUGCUAGCUAUUUCGCGGCCAUUGAAAGGCAUCUCGGCGGAUUACUCAAAAUCAACCACGGAGGUCUUCACUGAUAUGGCUAGACUCCUUAUUCAAGCAGAAGGAGACAAUAGCGUUCCGAACUGGGCCCACAAGGUGGAUGACUUGGAACCGUUGGAAUCACUGUCUCUUGUUCAGCCACCUUCCUCUUUCACAUAUCAAUCAACUACCAUUUCGUUAAACAAACCUCAACAUAGCCGCCCUUUGGACUUGCCGUCGUGGGUUCCGAUGUUUAAUAUCCAAUUGGUUUCAUGGAGAAUUUACAAUAGAAAAUACAAUGCUUCACGGGAUCGUCAGGCUAUUUUCUAUCCAUCGUUACCAGGAAUACUCAAGCUCGAUGGCUUGGUAGUCGACACGAUUGCUGAGUUGGAGGAACCGCCAUUAAUGACGUUUUACGAACGCCUGAUACAUGACAAUGCAAUAGAAAAAUGGUUGGGAAUCGUGUCACGGCUCUCAGCUGUCUAUCCCACUGGCGAAAGUCACGUCGAAGCACUAUGGCGAACUAUCGUGCAAGACAAACGCGACAAUGAAGAUACAGAUGUGUCAAAGGACCGGUUCAAAGUUAUCUUACUUCAAUGUAUCGUCGAACAUCGGCGUCGGAACUCCAGUGAUGAUCAUUUGUCGCUUUGCAAUGUCUUGGACGAGUUACGAAAAGGAGACUCGGGCAAUUUGCUUCCAUCAGCCUUGGAUGUGAUGACUAGUAACGAAGGUCUUCAUGAUAGAACCGAGCUAGGGGUUGAGAGGCUCUCAGAGACCUCCGAGCAGGUCUUUAGAUCUGGCAUGAUGAAUAAUCUUACAGAACGGUGUCUGCUGCGAACAGAAGGAGGGUAUUUAGGGGUUUCAUCAAAGGUAGCUCAGCCGAAGGAUUGCGUGGUUCUUCUAGCUGGUGGACGAACGCCAUAUAUCCUUCGGCCGAUUGGCGAGAAUCAGUUUAUGUUUAUAGGUGAGGCUUAUGUUCAUGGAAUGAUGUUUGGGGAGACCCUCGAAGGACAGAAUCAUGACUUUUGUACUUUCGAGAUUAAUAUCUUCAUUACCACUACCAUCAUCGCUGGUACUGUUAUCGUAUUCACUACUUGUAUUGCUCCUGUAACACCACUCACAGAAUGGCUUCGUGUCGGACAAAGAUUCGAUCUCAGGAUCUUCUUAAGAGGUACUUACAUCACUCUACACCAGAUGAAGCCUUAA